UACCAUAUAAAUUGGUCCCUUUAUUACAAAGUUUCAUGUCAUAGGAUUUUCUGGUUCUUCCUUAUUCUUCUCACCCUCAAUUCAAUUCAAAUUGCUUUCCUCAGAGUAAAUUAGAUACAAAAGAUGCAGAAGCGUAGAGAAGUUCGAGAUGAUAUUUUUGAACCAAGAGGGUUUGGAGAUUUUGGUGGGUUUGGAUUUCAAGAAAGAAUGAUGCCAAGUCUUUUUGGAGGCAGGGACCCAUUUGAUGAUCCCUUCUUCAGAGACCCGUUUGAUAGCUUGUUUGGUUCAAAUUCUGCAUCGAGAGCAGUGCAGAAUCCAAACAGAGAAAAAGGAAUAGUUAUAGAAGAGUUAGACUCUGAUGAUGAAGGGGCUGAUAAUUGCCCUCAACAUGGAGACAAAGAUUUUGAUCAGAAAAAAUCUAGAUCAACCGUGGAACCAUCGGUUGAGUAUCCAGAUGAUGAUGAUGUUAGUGAAAGGAAGAACAGUGAUGUAACAUACAAGAAUAACCAUUACAAGACCGAACCCUCGAAGGCUAACAAAUAUUCUUUUCAGAGUAGCAGAGUAACUUAUGGUGGAAUAGAUGGUGCAUAUUAUACUUCUACUAGAACCAGAAGGAUGGGGUCUAAUGGGGUGGUGAUGGAGGAGAACAAAGAAGCUGAUUCAACAACAGGCCAAGCAACACAUAGGAUUAGCAGAGGAAUCCAUGACAAGGGUCAUUCAGUUUUAAGGAAGCUUGACUCAUAUGGUAAGGUUGAUACAACCCAGACACUGCACAAUCUUAAUGAAGAUGAACUUUCAGGAUUUGAAGAAGCAUGGAAAGGAAAUAAUAUGGCACAAUUGCCUGGAUUUGAUGUACAUAUGAGCGGGGAGCAUCACAAUGUUGUAGAUUCCAGCAAUGGGAAGCUGAACAGGAACCACACUUGGCCACUAGCAUAUUUGGAGCCAUCUAAAGGAGAUAGGAAAUUCCCAUCAAAGUAUGAGGCAGGAAACAAUUCAGGGGGAAGAACAAAGAAAGUUAUUAGAAUCAAUAUUGAGUGAAUGUUAGGAUUUGGUAGUGGAGCUUCCCUCUCUGUUUGUAAACACAGAAUUGAGGUGUGCUUUAGUGUCUUCAAGAACAUUGUAACUUUGUUUGGUGUUAAACUUCUCGUGUAAUAUUAAUUUUUACCA